GAGACAAAAGGAAAUAUCUUAUCACACUCGUUAAACAUCUCUUAAAAGGGAUAGGCCAUUGAGCGUUUUCAACUGUCAAGAAGUUACUAUUUGAGGUUGCUUUUCGCAUUUACUCACAGUCAUAAUUGAGAUGCACUGGAAAAGUGAAAAUAAACUGGAAUGUUACAAUGUUGUUGACGAGAAUGAAAACGGAUCUAUGUUGAUGUCUAAAAAUGGGCUUGUCGUCAUAUGUGAAGAUUGCAGAAGCGACGCAGAGGUUAUCAGCAGGUGCAGUGAGGGCAGGAGAGAAAUGAAUGGGAACACCAGUUGAAGUAUUGGAUGAAGAUGUAUGCUCCCUCGGCUCAUCCUCCCCGUCGCUGCGAGAGAUGGUAUAUCCGCCUCUGUUGGGUAGAACUGUUUGUGCAAGUUGCAGUGAGGAAAUUGUGGAUAAAUACUUGCUGAAGGUUAACGACUUGUGCUGGCAUGUGCGUUGUCUCUCCUGUAGCAUGUGUCAAACAUCGCUUGGCAGUCAUACAAGUUGUUACAUCAAAGACAAAGAGGUCUUCUGCAAAUUGGACUACUUUAGAAGGUAUGGAACAUGGUGCGCAUGCUGCGGCCGAAAUAUAUACUCUACCGACUGGGUCCGCCGGGCGAAGGGCAACGUAUACCACCUGGCGUGUUUCGCCUGUUUCUCCUGUAAGAGGCAGUUGUCCACGGGGGAAGAGUUUGCCCUGGUGGCGGAGAAGGUGCUGUGUCGUGUACAUUACCACUGUAUGCUGGACAACCUGAAAUGUGCCCUGGAGAAAGAAAGUGGUAUGAACCUAGAGGGGACGAUACCAACAGAACAGCAAGUGAAUCAGCCCAGGCCGUCGAAGAGAGCACGCACCAGCUUCACCGCUGACCAAUUACAGGUGAUGCAGGCCCAGUUUGCCCAGGACAACAACCCGAAUGCCCAGACCCUGCAGAAGCUGGCAGAGCAGACAGGCCUGAGUAGGAGAGUCAUACAGGUUUGGUUCCAGAACUGCAGAGCACGCCAUAAGAAGCAUGUGAGCCCCAACCACUCCUCAGCCACGCCGUUGUCCUCCCUGCAGCCCGGCUGCCACUCCCAGCCCACCCCAGCCCCAGAAGAGCGGCAGUACACAGCCUACAGCACCCCAGAGGGAUCCAUGCUCAAUGCUCUGCACUACUACAUAGAUGUGCACUCUCCUCAGUCUAAGCUAUUCCAGCCCCUGCUGUCCCUCCACACCAUGACCUCCCAGCCUGUGACACACGCCUGAGCCACACACGCACACACACACACAAUGUCCUCAGUUUAGCAGGUUUAAUUAAUUGCAACAUUACUAAGUUAAACUAAGGUCCAUAUUGUUAUCUUGUGGAUGUGUGUGUUUCUCUGACCCCUUGCACACUUAAACAAUCCGAGUGUGUACGGGGCCUUUGUGUUCUUAAUUGCACGUGUAACAGUUUGAUGCUGGUCUUAGAUCUAAGGUGGGAAACUUGACUGCCUUUGACAAGCCAUUGUGAAGUUACAUCUUUAAAUUAUGAAUUCUUUGUACAUCAGUACUUUAACUAUUGUUGUUGUAUUUAUUUAUUGUAUGUGGUUAAGAAAAUAAAUAUUGACAAAAUUAUUUAAAAAAUAA